GUUGCGAAAUUGUGACAUUUCGCAAUUUGUCAAAUGCGUUGAUAUUUUUGUCGUUACAACUUGUUUUUAUUGAUUGAGAUUCGUGAAAAAUGAAAAAUAAUCACUGACUAUGUUAUCAUCUCAUAGUUAAAAUCAUUUUACAUGUAAUAGUGAAAGGUAAAGUGGUGUUUAAUAUUUUCUGUAGCCAAAUGAACCUACCAGAUGUCUAGUGAGAAGUAGUUGUAUAGUUUAGAUUUAGCUAGAUUGUGGAGUCCACCCAGUAUAGUACUUAGGCGACGUGAUGGAAGGCAACGCAGAUCCUGAUGGUGAACGAGGGCUGGAGGAUCCCAGCACAGCGGAAGGCGAUGGUUAUAGAAGCAGAUACAGUAUGCUAGCUCGGUGCGCGUCGCAGUCGUCACUAGACGAGUCGUCGCAGCGGCGCGCGGGCGGCGACGCGGGCGAGGCAGGCGAGGGCGGUGCUGGGGCGCAGCACGCCACCGCACUGCUCGAUGCACUCGCACGGUUGCGGUGCGACGGGGCUCUCUGUGAUGUACGACUGCAGGCGCAGGCGGAGGGAGCGGAGGCUCCAUCGGAGGGCGUGUGGGCGCACCGGGCAGUGCUGGCUGCCUGCUCACCCUACUUCCGCGCUAUGUUCACGCAGUUUGAUGAACGCACGCAAGAUGCUGUUACCAUACAAAAUGUGGAACCGCACGCAUUGUCUGCAAUCAUAGAAUAUGUCUACAAUCCGAAUUCGCUGGUCAUCACAGAAGAUAAUGUUCAGAGCCUGCUGUCGGCGUCGUCGCUGCUGCAGGUGUCGGGCGUGCGCGCGGCCUGCUGCAGCUUCCUGGCGGCCGCGCUGGCGCCCGACAACGCGCUCGGCAUCCGCGCCUUCGCAGAGCUGCACGCCUGCCGCGACCUGCGCGACUGCGCCGCCAGAUACGUGCACAGGCACUUUGUGGAGGUGCUAGAGACGGAAGAGUUUCUAUCCCUGACUGCGGAAACAUUGGCGCAGCUUCUCGACAGUGACCGUAUUAUGGUGCCAAAUGAGGAGGUGGUUUUAGAUGCGGUGAUCAGAUGGAUGCAACACAAUGCAGAGGAGCGGCAGCAGCACCUGGGCGCGCUGCUGGAGCACGUGCGGCUGCCGCUGCUGGCGCGCGACGCGCUCGUCGCACGCGCCGCCGCGGAGCCGCUCGCCGGCGCGGGACUGCGCGUCAAGGACUUAGUGAUCGAGGCGUUAUCAUUCCACUUGCUGCGGCCGGAGCGGCGCGCGGCCGCCGCCGCCGCCUGCGCGCGCGCCCGCCCGCGCCAGCCGCCGCGCGCGCCCAAGAUGCUGCUGGUGGUGGGCGGGCAGGCGCCCAAGGCCAUCAGGUGUGUGGAGGCGCUGCAGCUGGAGGCGGGGCGCUGGCGGCGCGCGGCCGACCUGCCCUCGCGCCGCUGCCGCGCUGGACUGGCCGUCGUCGCUGGCAAGCUCUACGCUGUCGGCGGGUUUAACGGCACGUUGCGCGUGCGCAGCGUGGACAUCUACGACGCGUGCUCGGACUCGUGGGCGGCCGGCCCGCCGCUCUGUUUUUGUCUGGAUGACGUCAUUAUCCGUGACUUGUGCGACAUUUCACGCGCCGGUGGUCACUGUCCGCGCGACGCGUUCUCAAAACGAACGGUCAAGCGAACGCGGUGGAAGGAGGAUGGCAGCGCAAGAGAUGGCGCGCUGUGGGAGGAUCCAGACUUCCCUGCAGAUAUUAGCUCUAUUGGAUGUCGACGAUCACCGCCAGAUCUGCUCUGGAUGCGGCCACAUGAGUUGAGCGCAAAACCACGAUUCCUGGGGGACACGACACUGGAAGGUUCAGACACACCAGCGACAGCAUCCAGGCUUGCAGCCCAGUCCACUGACGACCUCACGCCAGACAAACAAACAGAUAUAGAAACUGAUGAAGAGUUUGCUGCUAGAUGGUGUGUAGAUGUAGGCGAGGUGGGCGACAGUAACUUGUGUUGUGCGGCGGCCGCACUAGCCCUCACGCCGCGCCUGCUCGCACGCGCUGCGCCGCCGCACUCCUUCCGACAGGGAUACACUGGCGCGUUCAGGUUCCAGUUCUGGGUAUGGGGCUCGUGGCGCUGGAUAACGGUCGACGACCGGCUGCCGACGCGCCGCGGCCGCCUCAUCACCAGCCGCAGCGCGCUGCCGCACGACUACACAGUGCCACUGCUAGAAAAAGCUUAUGCCAAGUGA